AUGAGGGGUGAGAAGCUGCUCCUCGAGAAGGGGGCGGAUCCGUACUCGGAAGAGGACAGCUGCUGCGAGUAUCCACCCCUAAAACAUGUCGCCGGUCAUGGUAAGGUCGAGAUCGUGAGAUUACGCUUGAAGCAAGAUGCUGCAUCGGCCGAAAGCAAGAAAGAUCAUAUUCUCAGGGCGCUGGAGGCUGCGUGUCAGGCGAGCCACGACGAGGUGGUUGAUGUAUUGAUGGAUCAGGAUCCCUUUGGCUGCGCAGGUAACGGGCUGCAACAAGCGCUGUCAUUGGGUUACGCUGCUGAGCUCUGUACUGCAUAUAUGUAG